GUUCUGCACUUGCUAAACAUUUCACACACACACUCAACUUGAGACCAUAGCAUUCUCAGCUUAGCACCAGCUAGCUAGCUAGCUACCUGAAUACUACACUGAAGAAGAAUCGAUCGAUAUCUGAAGGAAGUGAAGUAAGUGAUGGGUUCAGAGACGUUCUUGGAGAUCUUGCUGGCCAUCCUGCUGCCGCCGCUCGGCGUCUUCCUCCGCUACGGCAUCGGCAUGGAGUUCUGGAUCGCCCUGCUGCUCACCAUCCUGGGAUACUUACCCGGCAUCAUCUACGCUGUUUAUGUGCUUGUUGCUUAAUUAGUUAGUUACUACCAGUGAUCUGUUCUGAUCGAUCGAUUAUGUUAGUAUCAUGGUUUAGUUUAGUUGGUUUCUAUUAUGUAAGUCGUACUAGCUGCUACUUACGGCAUGUUCUUCGGUUCCUGCUUGCCUGGAUCAGUGGAGCUAGUCGCCUAGACUAGACAUCGAUCUCUGUAGUUUCUGUCAGCAUUCAGAAAAGUGUGAUCUGAAUUCUGACUUUCUGAUGGAUCGAUGAGUAUGGAUGAUUCAUGUGUGAUCUGAAUGGAUGAUGAUCUUCAUGUAUGUCUCCGGUUUGUAUAUUCAGACAUUCAGUUUCUUUCUUCCGUGGGUAUGAUCACAGCAAAUUAUAUCA